CCGCGACGUCACCGAGGGAAAAGGACGACGCGAGGGUCGCGUCGCCCCGGGACGGUUUGCGAGAGUUGUACGGCGUGAACUACUUCGCGAUGUUGGCGCUGGAGGAGGCGUGCCGGCGGUGCGCGCCGCCGUUGCGGUACCAGGACCCGGCGCUGACGAUGAACGCGGAGCAGGCGAGGCGGUACAGGGAGGAGCACCCCGAGCAGUUCACGGCGAUGUUACCGGGGGACGAGGAACCUUCGGCGGUGGCGGCGGCGGGGGCGGACCUCGGACGACCGCGGCUGGGGUCGAAAGGGGUCGAAGGGGCCGCGCUCGAGCGGCGACCGAGCGCGUCGUCGUCGCCCCGCGGGUCCAUCAGGGAGCGGCGCCCGGGGGUGCCGAGGGUGCCGAGGGUGCCGACUCCGACGGGGACGGGGACGGGGACGAGCAGCCGCGUCGGUCGAUCAGGCGCGGGCUCCCGAUCGGGUGCCGGGGCGACGUCGACGGGAAGUUCGCGGGGCGGCGCGGGGGUCGCCGCGAGCGCGGGCUCCCGACUGAGCACCGGGACGACGUCCAAGGGGAGAUCGCGGGAGUCGCGCGCGUCGUCGUCCCAUCGCGGGGGAUCGGAGACCGCCGCGAGACCCGCUGACCCGCCGACCCCCCCGCCGCCGCCGCCGCCGGGGUUGACCUACCGAGCGGCGCGACUCCUGGAACUCAUGUGGGACCCCGACGGCUGCCCCGGCGGGCUCCCGUUCUCCCUCGCCAACGCGGACAAGCUGGCGAGGCAGAACAAACCGGAGGGCGUGGAGCGCAUACGGGCGUGGUGCAGGCUGAUUGGCAUAGACGCGGAGGGGAAACCAAACGGCCAUCACCUGUGUCGGCUGCUUCGCGCCGAGUACCGGCGGGCGCUGGAGGCGCUGGAGGCGCACGCGCCGGGCAUCACGGAGAUGGCGCGCGACGCGGAGGAGGCGGAGGCGAACGAGCACAAUCGGGGUCGGGGCGGGACGGAGAGGCGGAGCGCCAACGACGGUCGGAGGGGGUGGGCCGCGCAGCUGUGCGCGUCAAAGUCGAAGAAGAAGACGACGAUGGCAAAAGGUUGAGCAAAAGUAACACUUAACCCUUAGCUCGCUCGCUAGUAGUCUAGUCAUCACGGGUUAUCAGCUGGUAGUCAUCACGGGCC